GGCCUAGGCGCUGCCUGGACGGCGAGGAGCCGCGGAGCAGGGCAAGAAAGUGGCCGCAGCCGGAAGCCGUCGCGGCCGGCGCAUGGCGUCCAUCUUGCUGAGGAGCUGUCGCGGUCGGGCGCCCGUCCGCCUCCCGCCGCCCGGCUCCGCCGCCCCGCGGGGUAGUCUGGGGUAUGGAGCGUGUCUCAGGUGUACCGGCACUGUGGGGUUGAUAAGCCGAGUGACUGUCCCCUCUGGCUGCUGUGCCCCGGCCCACCCUUUGUACCUGUACCUCAGAGUGGAGCCCUGUGGCCACUGGACACUGAGGCCUGAGCGCCUGUGUAUGGUGGCAGGAGCACCAUGGACUCCCACUGCAGUGGGUGUGGUUGUCGGGGGGCCCAGGUACCUUCCUGUGCGUGGCUGGCAUUCGUCACCCUGUCUCAGCGAUGACUCUGUGGUGGAGAAGUCCCUCAAGUCCCUGAAGGACAAGAACAAAAAGCUGGAGGAGGGCGGCCCCGUGUACAGCCCAGCGGCCCCGGUGGCAGUGAAGAAGUCCCUGGGGCAGAGGGUGCUGGACGAGCUCAAGCACUACUACCACGGCUUCCGCCUGCUGUGGAUCGACACCAAGAUCGCCGCACGCAUGCUCUGGCGCAUCCUGCACGGCCACGCACUGACCCGCCGGGAGCGUAGACAGUUCCUCCGCAUCUGUGCCGACCUCUUCCGCCUGGUGCCUUUCCUGGUCUUCGUGGUGGUCCCCUUCAUGGAGUUCCUGCUGCCUGUGGCCGUGAAGCUCUUUCCCAACAUGCUGCCGUCCACGUUUGAGACCCAGUCCAUCAAGGAAGAGAGGCUGAAGAAGGAGCUGCGGGUCAAGCUGGAGCUGGCCAAGUUCCUCCAGGACACCAUCGAGGAGAUGGCACUGAAGAACAAGGCGGCCAAGGGCAGCGCCACCCAGGACUUCUCCGUGUUCUUCCAGAAGAUCCGUGAGACGGGGGAGAGGCCCAGCAACGAGGAAAUCAUGCGCUUCUCCAAGCUGUUCGAGGAUGAGCUGACCCUGGACAACCUCACGCGGCCGCAGCUGGUGGCGCUGUGCAAGCUGCUGGAGCUGCAGUCCAUUGGCACCAACAACUUCCUGCGCUUCCAGCUCACUAUGCGGCUGCGGUCCAUAAAGGCCGAUGACAAGCUGAUCGCUGAGGAAGGGGUGGACAGCCUGAAUGUCAAGGAGCUGCAAGCGGCAUGCCGGGCACGGGGCAUGCGGGCCCUUGGCGUCACCGAGGACCGGCUGCGAAGCCAGCUGAAGCAGUGGUUGGACCUGCACCUGCACCAGGAGGUGCCCACAUCGCUGCUCGUGUUAUCUCGGGCCAUGUAUCUCCCCGACACUCUCUCACCUGCUGACCAGCUCAAGUCUACGCUCCAGACCCUCCCGGAGAUUGUGGCCAAGGAGGCCCAGGUGAAAGCAGCCGAGGUGGAAGGCGAGCAGGUGGACAACAAGGCCAAGCUAGAGGCCACACUGCAGGAGGAGGCCGCCAUCCGGCAGGAGCACCACGAGAAGGAGCUGCAGCGGGCCGCAGAGGUGGAGGCGGCGAAGGGCGCUGAGCUAGAAGGUGUGGGUGCCACCACCCCUGAGAAGCCUGUGGCCGAGCUGCGACCGGAGAUGCCUGAUGUGAUCCUGCCCUCUGAGGCCCUGAAGGACACUGCCCCUGUGCUGGAGGGCUUGAAGGAAGAGGAAAUAACUAAGGAGGAAAUAGAUGUCCUGAGCGAUGCCUGCUCCAAGUUGAAGGAGCAGAAGAAGUCGCUGACCAAGGAGAAGGAGGAGCUGGAGCUGCUGAAGGAGGACGUCCAGGACUACAGUGAGGACUUGCGAGAGAUCAAGAGGGAGCUUUCCAAGACUGGUGAGGACAAGCUCGUGGAGGAAUCGAAAGCCAGCAAGAGGCUGACACAGCGGGUGCAGCAGAUGAUCGGCCAGAUCGAUGGGCUCAUCGCGCAGCUGGAGGCGGGCCAGCAGACUGGCAGGCUGGGCCCAGACGAGAGCGCGCCCGGGGGGGAGAACGUCAUCAGUGUCACGGAGCUCAUCAGUGCCAUGAAACAAAUCAAGCACAUUCCAGAAAACAAGCUGGUCAGCUUGGCCUCUGCACUAGAUGAAAAUAAGGACGGCAAGAUCAACAUCGACGACCUUGUCAAGGUGAUCGAGCUGGUAGACAAAGAAGACAUACACAUCUCCACCAGCCAGGUGGCUGAGAUUGUGGCCACACUGGAGAAGGAAGAGAAGGUGGGGGAGCAGGAGAAGGCCAAGGAGAAGGCCGAGAAGGAGGCGGCAGAGGUGCAGAACUAGGCCUGCGGCCCCGCCACACCUCUGCCUGCCGCACCGUCGUGGUGGAAAUGACGUGAGAGUGACUGCUUUGAGGUGAUUCUGUGGCGAUUCUAAUAUUUGGUCUAGAAUAAAUCAGAAACUUCUGUAACCGAGUAAUUUUAAUUUUCAUCAUUCCACAAAGACUCAGUCUGGAUUCCUAGGAGCCUCCGGGAACCGUGACUGGACCGGCACCGUGGUGUGCUGCUGAGUGGCCCAGAGAUGGCUUGUUCGGCCAGGCUGGGCAGGAAGGCGCCUGGGAGGAAGGUGAGGACUGUGGAGCUGAUGCCAGGUGGAGCCGGCCAGAUGUGCCACCCCACAGACACCGCAGAAAGCCCCAGGCUCUGAGGAUUGCUCCUGCAUCCAGUCUGCGGAUGCUGGUUCUGAACUGUCCAUGGCAGUGUCUGUCUGCGCAUGUUUGCUGGGCCAUGUCCUUGACCUCUCCGUGCCUCGCCCUAACAGCACGGUGUCUCCCGUGGAUCCCGUUGUGUCUACUGGAACUCUUUCUUGAUUUACUUUUGAUCUGCACCUAAUUCAUUAACUAAUCUUCAUAAUGACGGUCUGCCUGACUCUUGAGUAGCAUCUGACACAAGUCCGGAUUGAGGCCUCGAGUCUGGGCCUGAGGUGCUCCACACUGGAUGAUGCAAAAUGCUGCCUUCCUGCCCAGUCACGCCCCAGUCCCCCACGCCCCGCCAGCACCCCAGGGCCCUGCGUGGCUUCUCCCCCUGAGGUGAACCCACCGGGCGCCGCCCCUACAUGGCCUUACCCCAGUCCUGGAGACCAGCUGGUCCUCCCCGGAGAGAGAAAGGGUCAUGUGGACGUGGCCUCCCCACAGGCUCAGCCGGGCCACCGACACCCCAUUUGCCUAGGCCCUCUGAGUCAGCAGCUCCCUGGGGAGUGGCCAGGGCCUUUCUCCCUGGUGGCAGGCAGGUGGUCCCUUGGGGCCACAUUGGUCACCAGCAGGAGUGUCCUGUGAAGACUCAGCCACAGGCCUGCAGAAGGCACAGGAAUGGAGCCAAGAGCGCUGCCCUCGAAGGGAGGGAGAACCCUCUCAGUUACUUGAAGCUUCUUGCCACCCAGGGGAGUGCUCGCCAAGUAGGAAUGAGGUGGUACAUGCCGCAGGGCUGAUUGCAUUCCCAUCCUGUGGGGAGGGCACGUGUCAUGGCUCUGAGGCCACCAGCCCUGCCUUCCUUGGCAGCUCAGCCCCCGGCUGUCCCAGUGAACUCACUUCUGAGAACAGGCCUGCGGGUACCCAGUGUGUCCCACACAGGCCUGUCACCAAGUCCUGCUCGGGUCUGCAGCAUCGUCUCAGGGCUGGGCUCGCCCUCCACGUACCACAGGGCUUGGUGGCACGUGGCGGGAGGGCUGAGUAGUUUUAGGGAGUUUUCCUCACACUGCGUUUUCCCCAUGCUGUAUGUUGCUAUACUGACCCUAAUUUACUGCUGCUGCCCCUCUGUGCGGUAUGAGGCUAGAUCCACCAGGAGGAAGUGGGGCUUGUGUGGGCCGACACUCCAAAGGCAGCUGUUCAGCUGUCUGUGUUUCACAGCUGCCCAGCGUCCGCACUCGGCCUUCCAGAGUCUUCAGGAGCUGCACUGCACCCACAUCCCCUCGUCACUCCGCCGCCCGCCCUCCAUCCUUGUGGAAGAGCAGUCUGGACUUGGUGAACGUGGAGGGCUCUGUGUAUUUCUGAAACCGGCCUUCGGGGGGUGGCUGUCAACAAGGUCCCGGGGACUGGCAAGGGAACCGUUUUCCACCUUCUGGCCGGCCAUGUGUAACAGCUACGUAAAAGUUUUUAGGACGUCAGGUCCACGUUCCUGUAGCAGCUCCAGGUGGUUCUUUUGCACCAUUUGACUUGGAAACCCAGCGUUAGCGAAGUCCCUGCUGGGCUGCCGGAUGGGCGGGCCUGGCCUUUCCCAGGGCUCCAGCCCUGGUUCCGGCCUCCUGCCCGGGCCUUUGACACCAUCCCUGUCACGCCAGACAUCACACAGUGUGCCGGGCUGGCCCAGGGCUCUGCAUUGAUAGGCCAAGCGUGCUUUCUGGACAGUUUGAUGUAAGGAGGCUGUAAAGUGCCACUUGAUAA